AAUGUCGCUCAGUCUACUAUUUUGCAGACAUGUUGUUUUGACUCUAGCAAAUAGAAUUAGAGGGAUUUUUACCUUUUAGGCCUAUUAACGAGGGUAAAUAGAUCGCAUAGAAAAACAUCUGAACCUAAAUAUGACUGAUUGGAAUAAUUUAUCGUACGACUCCAAAAAGAAAACGCUAUUAUCAAGCAAUUAUACUGAAGUCACGAAUCAAAACAAUGUUAAUGUUGAAAAUUUUCCACCUGGCUCUGUAAAAUCAUCUACGCCCAACAGACUUGAAUCUAUAUCACCAACGUCAUCUGACAAAGCGGAGAGACUAUCAUUGUUUUAUGAUCUAAACUCAAUUGAAUUUCCAGGAAAUACAGUUAUUAAAGAAAUCGAAUGCGCUAAUAUCGAUGAAUUUAGACUGCAAAAAGAAAAUGUUCAACAUACAAUCGACACGACUAAACCGUUAAUUGACCGAAUGGCAAAAUGUUCGCAAGAAGUAAAGGAGGCAAAAAAGCAAUUGGACGAUAAUUGCAACAGAGGGCGUAUUGCUAUAACUGCAAAAUACGAAAUGGAUAUGAAAAAAUUAACGGAAAAUUACGAAAAUGUAUUACAAGAUCUCGAGCAAUCUUAUCAUUCUCAGAAAGCGGAACUCUCCGACAGAGAAGAUAAAGUUAAUAUACAUAGAGCAUCUUUACUAAGCAUUAAAAGUAGACUUGAAGAUUUGAAACUAAACUCUCCAAAUACUUGCUAUAUAACUGAGCAUCUACCGGAUUUAAUUUCGAAUUUGGAACAAUUAAAAUCGAAACUAGAGGAUACUUGUGAAAUAUCUGUUGAAAACUUCGAAUUCACACCCAGCGACGAAUCGCCAGUACUUGGAGAUCUUCGUGUUUUUAACGUUGAUUCGGCAAAAGAUGAUUGGGUAAUGGUUAGCAGUAAUAAUGGUCUAAGUACAAAAAAUAUUAAAUAUAUCUUUGAUAAGGAGAUAAAAGAAAAAAUUCAUGUUGCACAUGCGUACGAUGGCAUUCUUUACUUUGCGACAAGCAAAAAAUUAUACAGUAUACAAUUACUGGAUAAUCAAAAUGACAAACAAGCUAAGCAUAUCUGGUCUGGUAGAGUUCAGCAAUUAGCCCACGAUUCAAUUGGAAUUGUACUAAUAGAUGGCGAAGAUAAUAAAAUACUUCAAUUACGUCAAGGGGAAUGCGAAAGAAGAGAGAUACUCGUUGAUCGUUUGAAAAAUCCUUAUGGACUAUGUUAUUCAUUCGCUUCGGAAUGCAUCAUAGUUACGGAUACAACCGAAAAUACUGUAUCGUGCUAUUUGCAUAAUUGCACUCGGAAAUGGAAAACCGAAAAUAACGAUCCCAAAUAUGCAAACCCAACCGAUAUAUCUUGCACUGAUAACAUUGCCAUCGUUCGUUCAAAGAAUAACUUGAGUCUUAUAUCCCUAGUUGACGGUUCGUACUUGAAAACUAUAGAAUCUACCUAUUUAUUAGUGUCGAAUUCUACAUUUUGCGACGAGUUUUUCUUAAUGGAUAGAAAUGACUGUACACUAUCUCUAUAUGAUACUAAUUUUACACGUAUCAGAGAAAUAUUAACUAGAGAGGAUAAUAUUAAUGACCAAAUAUUAGUUACUAUAGAUAUGAAAGCGCCUAUUCUAUAUGCUUUUAAAAAGAAAAGUAGAAAGAUUAAGGCCUUGGCUAUUUAA